GCCAUUGCGUUGCUAUGAGGCGUCUCCCCCCGCGGCGGUGGCAGCGGCGGGCGGCCCGGGCGCCGCUCCUCCCGCCGGCCGGCCUGCUGCCCGGGCCGGGCUGUCCGGCGGCCUGGUGGCACUAGCGGGGCGGGGAGGAUGAGCGCGACGGGACCGGGCGGCGGCAGCAGCAGCAGCAGCAGCGCAAGCAGCAGCAGCAGCAGCAGCCGCCGCCGCGGCGGGGCCGGUCAGUGAGCCGAGGAGCAUCGCGGCGGAGGCAGGGCAUGGCGCUGCCGGGGGAGCGCGGCGCGGAGCCCCAGCCCGGCGCCUCCCGCCCCUCCACCGCCGAGGAGGAGGACGGCGGCGGCGGGCAGCCGGAGGCGCUUUCGCUGGAGGAGAUCCUCAGGCUCUACAACCAGCCCAUCAACGAGGAGCAGGCGUGGGCCGUGUGCUACCAGUGCUGCGGCUCGCUGCGGGCCCGCGCCCGCCGCGGCGAGACCCCCGCCGCCAGGCUGGGGGCGGCCGCCCAUCUCCGCGUCUGGCGGGACGGCACCGUCACCCUGGAGCAGGGCGAGCCCCGCCGGCCGCCCCCGCCCGCCGCAGAUAAAUCAGGCCGUUUACACUGCACAGAAAUGGAGGUUAUUGAAUCACUAGGGAUUAUUAUAUAUAAAGCCCUGGACUAUGGUUUGAAGGACAAUGAAGAGCGGGAAUUAAGUCCUCCACUGGAGCAGCUUAUUGACUACAUGACUAAUACCACAGAAACAGAUGGGAGUAGGGAUGAAGGAUAUGAUGCUCUGGAUGAAGGAGUGGAAGAUGACGAUGAUGACAAAGCGGAAGUUGAGGCCAUUCAUUCCUAUAAAGAUGUCAUGAAGCUGUGUGCUGCCCACCUGCCAACCCGAUCAGAGGCACCGAACCACUAUCAAGCAGUAUGUCGGGCUCUGUUUGCUGAAACAAUGGAACUGUACACUUUCUUGGCCAAAAUUAAAAGUGCAAAAGAGAAUCUGAAGAAGAUUCAAGAAAUGGACAAAGAGGCAAGUGAUGAAUCCAGCACGGAUCUUGAUGACUUAAAAAAUGCUGACUGGGCUCGUUUUUGGGUACAAGUGAUGCGAGAUUUACGGAAUGGUGUUAAACUUAAGAAAGUUCAAGAGCGUCAGUACAACCCGCUCCCAAUAGAAUAUCAGCUCACACCCUAUGAAAUGCUGAUGGAUGAUAUUAGAUCCAAACGCUAUACCUUAAGGAAGGUCAUGGUCAAUGGUGACAUUCCACCUCGAUUAAAAAAGAGUGCCCAUGAAAUAAUCCUGGAUUUCAUCCGAUCGCGACCUCCAUUAAAUCCUGCCUCGGCAAGAAAACUGAAACCAACCCCACCACGGCCACGCAGCCUUCAUGAAAGGAUACUGGAGGAAAUCAAGGCAGAGAGGAAGUUACGUCCAGUCUCGCCUGAUGAGAUAAGGCGUAGCAGGCUGGCAAUGCGGCCACUUAGCAUGUCUUACAGUUUUGACUUGUCAGAUGUAUCUACGCCAGAGGCUGGAAGAAAAUUAGUGGAUGCCUCUGUAGUGAAUGGUGGCCUGGCACCACAAGGAAAGCAGAAUGGGGCCACACAAGUGACAGUACAACGCAAGAGACUCCUUAAGGCUCCCACGUUGGCUGAACUUGACAGCUCAGAUUCAGAGGAGGAAUCAGUGCACAAAUCAGCAAGUAGCAGCAGCAUCUCCCCCUCACAAGUGGAAGACCCCUCUCAAGAAGGCACCAGCAGCAGAAAGAUGCCUCCAAAGUUCUUGCCCAUAUCAUCUACACCACAGCCUGAGAGACGGCAGCCACCUCAGAGACGACACUCCAUUGAAAAGGAGACGCCAACCAAUGUGAGACAGUUCCUACCACCUUCAAAACAGAGCUCCAGAUCACUUGUUCCUAGGAUAACCAGUUUAUUUCCAAGGAUGACUUUCAGACCACUUUUUUCAACUGUGCAAACAGCUUCUCUGCUCAGCUCUCAUCCCGUUGAAGCAGCCAUGUGUGGGGUGGCAGGGGCUAUGUACUAUCUCUGUGAGAGAGCUUUUGCCAGCAGGUGGAAACCCGCAAAGGAGGAGUUCUGUUACCCGGUGGAAUGUCUGGCUCUGACGGUGGAGGAGGUCAUGCACAUCCGUCAGGUGCUGGUGAAGGCGGAGCUGGAAAAGUACCAGCAAUAUAAAGAUGUCUACACUGCUCUCAAGAAAGGAAAGCUCUGCUUUUGCUGUCGAACAAGAAGGUUUUCUUUCUUUACCUGGUCUUACACUUGUCAGUUCUGUAAGAGGCCUGUAUGCUCACAGUGUUGCAAAAAAGUAAAUGCGGUUGCCAUCGAAGCCAUAUUCUACUCUCCCCAUCUUCUCACUGGGACCUUCAACCUUACAAAGAGGAGAAAGCUUUAUGAGGCCAGAGAAACCCUCUACCAGUCAUCACCAUUCACUGCGGAGCAUGUCCAGGUUGACCUCAAGGUCCAAAUCUGUGGAUAAGUCACAUGAAGAGUUUCCCAAAGAAUUGAUGGAGGACUGGAGCACGAUGGAGGUGUGUGUGGACUGCAAGAAGUUUAUUUCAGAAAUCAUCAAUUCAAGCCGGCGCAGCCUAUCUCUGGCCAACAAGCGAGCCAGGUUAAAAAGGAAAACGCAGUCCUUCUACAUGUCGUCUCCGGGAACCUCUGAAUACUGCCCCUCUGAAAGGACUAUCAAUGAGAUCUGAGCCGUGUGCCUUUUUCUUUGCUUUUGUCUUCAUGAGGUCAUCAUCCAUGAGCAAGGUCACUGAAACUGGAUUAUCAUUCUGUUGCUUCGUUUCACUUGACUGGCUUGAAUUUGCGUUAGGUCACAGGAUUUCCUACUCCAAUGGUUCCCAGAGACACAACGCUAUGUUUAGAUCUGUGCAGAAUGAUACGCAACGGGUCAGCUGCUCGCACUGGAAGAAAAUCAAUGGUUUGAAAUUGUUGCCUCUUUUGUAUGUGUGCAUUGAAACUCGAAAGCCUUUUCUUGCUUUCAAUCUUUUUUUAACCAUGCUUUGAAUCAUUUUUCAGGAGAUGAGCUGAAAACAGAUGUUUAAUGGAGAACCAAAUCUAACCAAGUGUCCGUGUUAGCACAGUAGCAAACAGUAAGUCAUAUUGGCAUUACCGCCCUAGUAAUGCUCAUGUCCUAGUUGAAACAGCAAAGGGUCGUAUCGCACACCAGACACCAAGUGUGAGCGACUGUGGUCAAAACCAUCUUUCGUUGAACUGUUUCGGUUGCUCUGAGGUCAGGGUUCAGCACCAGACUCUACAAUGUCUGUGUCCUAGGGCAAAAUACACGACGAAGUUCUUCGCCCGUGUGGUUGGCCAUUCCCCUGAGCUGCUGUACUUUUUAAACCUUAGCGUACUUCUAAAUGUCUCCUGAGCAGGUUUUAGUAGUUUACUUUCUAUCUUGAAUGUAUAAUGAUGACUACUAGUAGCAGUGAAUUUUAGUGGUAGACAGAGUUGUACAGUUUAUGGGGAGGAUGGGAAAUAAGGGAGGCUUCUAAUUUUAACUGAAUACCUGUAAAGUUGUUCUAGUGGUUACACAGAGAAAAUAGUGGGUAAGGUGUACAUUUGUAUUAUAAUGGAGCACACAAAUACUGCUAUAGUUAUGUCUGACAGCAUAUCCAGUGAUAACCCCAUUUUUUCUGGGGUUUAUAGCUUGGCUGUAAAAAGUCAUGUUCUGCUGAAAUUUGGGACAGUGCUGUCUCAGAUUGGAAGCAAUCUCUCUUUUUUUUUUUUCCUUUUUUUUUUUCAUUCUUUUUCCCUUUUUAAUUCACUCAUGGAAGAGUGCUAGACUAGUUGUUUAGAAGUUCCAACAAUGUUACAAUGUUGACUGACAUCUCAUGCUUUUUUGCACUUUUUUUUAUAUUCAAAAUACUUUUUUUAAAUUCAGGCAUAGCCAGAGUUUAGUCAAUAAUUUGGGGCCAGAUCAUUUUGGUAUUUAAAAACAAGCUAACAUAGCCAAGUUAUUAAUACUUGAAAAUCAACUACUGUAACUUUUUCAUAAAUUUUUUUAAUACCCUGAGGCAUAUUUAAUAUCUAUAUAGCAGUGUAUUAUAGAAUGACAUAGCAGAAAAGUUUCAGAUCUAUUUAUUAACAUUUCUAUACUUCGGAUUAAUGAGAGAUACCUCAGAACUGCUCCAAAGUAGCUGGGACUGGAUUUCCGUAACCUGAUUUUAAAGAUGUGUUAAUCAAAACAGAUUCUCCUGUCCAAAUCUCAUGCACCGAAAAGCCCAAGAGAAGGCAGACUGCCCUGCCAGCCCUGGUGGUGCACGGUGUGGAGGCUGUGGGGCCCCGGGAGUGGUUGGCUCCCCUUCGGUAGCUCGGCUCCAGUUCCACUGUGGGCUGCCUCUUGCUGCCCCGGGGAACAAGACUUCCCCUUCAAAGUGUAUUUGCACGUUACAUUGCAGCCUUUGGAGCAGCCACUCAUAUCGUAUCUUUUAAGUUGAUUUAAAAAGCACACGCAAAAGUCCCUUACACCUCCCUAGGGACUCGUCCAUCCUUCUUUUUCUUUAAACGCCCCCUUGGAAAAUGAGAAUUUUUGCAUAUGCAGGGCUUAUUGAAAUAAUGUUUUUAAUUUUUUUCUGAACCAAUGCUAACAGGAGAAUCAGGGCAGGUGUUAUGGCCCUCUCCUCGGGGUACCUCUGGACAAGUGUCUUGCAUGUUCAGGCACUUGAAGUACUGGCGUGAGAUAAGGAUGCAGGAUUGCAGGAGGUGAGCAGCACAGACAGGCUUAUUUGAAAGCUCUGCUCUCGCUGGAAGGGGUCGCCUGAUCUCAGUCACAUCAGCACUUUUUCUUGUUUCUGUGCCAAAACCAGGCCGUGUGUUUGCUGCACAGUACAUCAGGAAAACUAGGCUGAAAGAAAUGCAGGAAAUCUCACUUUGCAUCUCCCCUGUUGUUGUUCUUACCGUUUUCUCCUGGAAAUGCCCCAGCCACACGUUACAAUUGCUCAAUCCUCUUCCCUGGCAUCCUCAAGCCACCGAGGUGCAGGGGAUCCAGCACGUUUAUUCUCCCCUUUGAGAGGGAUUUGGGACGUUGCAGAGUAGGCAGGAUCAAGGACUAAGUAAAACCCGAGCGUGCGAAGGGAAACGAGUCCCUCACAGCACGCCUGUGCCCCCCUCCGCCUGGGGAGCGUCCGGGGCGGCUCUGGGGAAGUGGCGGAGCCUCGCCAUGCAGACUUUGCCUUCCCGGGAUGCCCAGCAGCCCUUGGCUCGGGCCGGACUCUGCUGCGCUGGGCAGGGCGCAAACACCGAACAACGACGCAGUGGUUGUACAAACUGCUCCGUGUUGCUCACCCAGAGCUGCCGUGGGGCAGGGCCUGGAUAACCUCCCUUUUUCUCUGGGAAACCCCCCCCCCGGGCUGCUGACACACGCUGUGGCAAGCUCCAGAAAAUGUGGUGCGGAGGGCUGCCUCUCCCCUUCCCUCCCAUCCCUUCCUCUCUGGCACGGUUUCUCGGCAUUAUCCUGGCAUUUCGUUCCACAAAAGAAAAAGCAGCGGGUUGGUUUCUCACGCGAAGCCUCAGGAGUUCAGCUCACUGGUUGCCUGCCUCUCUGCGGAGUGGGCUAUUUUUAGCUUUCCAUCUCGCUGCUUGCGCUAGCAUCCCAAAUCCACUGCAGCCAUCUGCCUGCAUACCCUGCAGUGCCGCCCAGCAUGUCCUAUUUACGGUCUGAACUUCACAUUAGCAUCAGAGGAUGAAAUCAGAAGCUUGUAAAUAUGUGUAAUAUAUUUAUUAAUAUUUAGGAAGUCUCCAUCAAUCAUGCAAUGGGAAUUGACUUUCCCAUGAUGUUUUAAAAUGGAAAUGAGUCUUAUUUAUCUGUGUGUUGGCUAUUAUCUUUAUUAGAGUUAAGGCUUUCAGCCCCCCUAAUAACAGUUUGCACUCCAUAGGCAUUUUAGAGUGAAUUACUGCUGAAAAGAAUGCGGGACUAGCACAGUGAGCUCCCUUCCACGAAUUUUUAAAUUUAUUUUUUUUUUAGAUUUAUUAAUAUGCCCAAGGUCUGUUUAAAUAUAACAUAGGAGACCCAAGGAGUUAAAAAUGCCACCAGCAGCAUCCGUCUUGCUAGUUUGUUUGUGAACCUGGUUGUGGAGAAUUCAAAACCAGCUCUGCCUCACGGCGGCGAUGGGGGAAGCGAGCAGGCCUUUGCUGCAGCUCUCGAACGCGACCUUUCCAAUGCUCACGGUGACAGUAGUGCUUCGGGGGUUUGUUGUUUUUUUCCCUUUCCCCAUUACUUCCUUUAUAGAGGGAGGGGUAUUACCUGGCGAAAAUAAAAUGCCUUUCCAUUAUAGCCCCUGUCUGUGUUAAUUAUUCAUGUGGAAGCUGAUUUAAAGGUUCUGUCUCUCUUCUUUUCCAUGCUUUUCUAGUUUUGUAAGAUCAGUCAGACAUUUCUUUUGGCAAAGAAUUGUUAAUGAAAACGAUUAACAGCUGAACGCUGGCUGGGCUGCAUGAAGGGAUGGAAACAUGUUGAAGUACUCUUAGAAUAGCAAUAAAACUGCUUGUGUAACGCCAGUGAUGCAAUUAGCACCUACUCAUCGCUUGCAGCCAGCUCCCUCUGUUACCAGGGUGUUGCUACUUUCCACACCAACGGUCUGUAGCUGAGGCAUGCUUGUCCUCCUCAUAGUCCAGGCUUUGGGAAAUCUCCCUCCCUCAUCUUCUGGAGAGAAGUGCUGGCAGUCUUUUGGAGAGGUUUUUGAUCGAUUGUUUUUAAACCAGAAGUGGAGAGAACAUUUUUAUCACAACUAUUAAGUUGUUCUCUGUUCUCUUUCAAGCUCCCUUUUUCCCCAGGGAAGUUCAGCAUCAGCUUCCACGGUUAGUUAAUGGCUGCAUGCUCUAUAGGUUAAAACUAAUUUAGAAGGUCCAACUUUAGACUCCCAAUUGCUACCUUCAUGCUUUACCUCAUCCAGCAGCUCUGUACACCUAUUAGGAAUGUUUCUUAUGAGCUCAGUCUCAUCUGUAAAACAGUGACAGCACACAGGCAUGAGGGAAGAGUGCUGUGACUGUACGCUCUGGUGCUACCGCAUACAGAUUAUGUUAAUGUUACCAUAAAAUUUUACAGUAUUUCCAUGUUGGUAACUUGGAGCUGCUCUGGUUUAUUUCUUCUUCUUUUGUAUGUAUGUAUCUUAAGGCCAAUCUGAGAAUGUUUAUGAAUAUUGAUUCCAGCUAUAAAGAUCUGUUUUGUUGUUUCUGUCUGA